AACGAUCGAAAAGCUUGGUCAGUUGUAGCGCCGACUCGGCUCGAAGUUGUGUAGUUUAAAGGCACGUCACUGUACAAAAUAGAAGCACGUUUUUUCUGUAAUUUAAGUAGAGUAGAGACGGUAACGGUUACGCGUAGACGUCGCAACGAAUCCGUACAGCAAUGUCGCACCGGCCAGCGCACUGGGGAAAAAUCGUAUUCGUAUAUAUUUUCCAAUUAUUUUCAUAUGCAACUUCUACGGCGACUUCCACGGUGCACGUGCAAUUGAUCGCGCCGUCCUACGUGACGUAUGGCAACACGGCCGCGCUACAUUGCAACCAUAGCGUAUCGGAUGAUUUGUUGCACAAAGUGGAAUUCAUGAAGGACGACAAGAAGAUACUGCAGUACAUAAAGGAUAGAAAACCGCCGUUCGUCGAAUGGCGGGUAGAAGGCGCGAAUAUGGAGUACUUGGAUAAUGGCACGACAAUCAAAUUGACGGACGUACGUUUCGAGGCGUCCGGCUCGUAUUCCUGUCAGGUCUCGAUGGCGUUUCCUAUUUAUACCGAGGCUUCCGAACCCGUUCAAAUGAAAGUUAUAGUACCACAGACUGAAAACCCGAAGAUCACGUUCAAGAAAAGCAUGUACGUGGUCGGCGAAAGUCUAGAGGCGAACUGCACCUCGUCGGCUGCGCAUCCAGUUCCUCAUUUGACGUGGUUCAUAAAUGGCAAAGAGGUGGAUAUCACGCUGGUGAAUCACUAUCCGCACACGCGUCGCAAGGACCAACUGAUGUCCGCGACUGCGAAAUUAAUGAUCGAGGUGUCCGCGUUGCACGCCGGGGAGAACGGCUACUUGGAGAUCAGCUGCUACUCGACCAUCCCGAGCUAUCCCGUGAACGAGCAGUACGCCGACAUCAGGAAGGAGACGGUCUCGGUGCAAAUUAUACCCGCGCCGAUCGUCGUUUCCUCAGCACUGAGAAUCGCGCAAGGGUGGGCCCUACCUGCGAUACUGUACACACUCUGCGCAAUGCACAAAGUCAUUCCUUAAUAAAAGUCAAUUGCUUUAGGAUAAUUAAAACAAAGAAACAAGAGAGAAAAAGCGAAAUGGAUAAAAAAAGAAAACGGGAGGAGCGAAAAAACGGAGAACGGAACGAGCGAACGGAACGAGAGAUACGCCGUACGAUAAAUAUGUAUACAUAAUCGAGAAGGAACGAGCGGCGAUCUGUAGAACGGGCUGAAUUUUCGGGGGAGGGGGCGGGGAGGAGUGUCGGAUCUAUAUACAUAUAUAUUAUUAUAUAUAUAUAUAUAUAUUAAUGAACGAACAAUCACAAUGUCUUCCUUGAUUAUACCGAAAUACACGGGGGCAGCGGUUUUAUUGUCUUGCUGAAAAUUUUAUAACUCAUAGACGCGGCUUCUUCGUGCAAAACUAUUUUCGAUUGUCGCUUGUAUCGAUCGUUAUCUAUGCCACGGAACGUAAUACCGGCGCGGCGAGGACGCUCGCGCUCGUUUCGCGGAGCCUUCCCGCGACGGAGCAUGGCUUGCGAUUAGAACAGGAAAAAACAAGGGAGAAGAAGAAGAAGAAGAAGAAGAAAAACGAUACGACGACAAAAAUGACGGCGGAAAGAACAAAAAUGUGAAAGAGAGGAAGAUACGCGACGACGAGAAACCGUAGGGAAACAUUAAAUAUUAUAGUACGCUCUCGUCUCGACGAGGAAAAGGAUCUUUGCUUUCAGGGGACUUUUUGUCCUCCUCGUUCUCUCUCUCUCUCUCUCUCUCUCUCUCUCCCUCUCUCUCUCCCCCUCUCUGAUUUUUUCUGUUCCUGUUUCUGUCUCGAAAUAGAGGAAACUGUACAGUGCACGGGCGCAUUUUUCCGAUUGGUCGCUCUCUCGCGUCGACCACGGUAAGAUCGAAACAGUGUGAACGGGUUUUCGCGUCUCUGCGUCGGUUCGGUACGGUUCGGUUCGCGAAAUCGAACGGUACCCGUGUUUCUUUGCCCGCCUUGCAUCGGAUCCUUUAAAUCACGUUGACGCUGUUAGAUAGAACGACUAUCGUUUGUUUUAUACUCGAUCGACGAUAAGAGUUUACCGUGUAAGUACUCGUGUCGUAGGAUUAGUCGCGCGACAUCGUUUCAUCGUCCAUGCCCGUGGCAUGGCAGAUCCAUGGCAAGGUCCAUGGCGCACACAUAUCCGUAAUAGUACCUAAAGGACACAGAGAUUGUAUUUGGCUGUCGCGGUUCGUCGAGUCGAGUCGCGUCGCGAGAGGCGAUCAGGGUUGCCACACCUAACGGAGAUCGGUCCUCGAGACCGGAUCGAAUCGAGAAACGCCACGAUCUAUUUUUCUUUAGAAUUCUCGUGGACGCCGCAUCGUUUUAUUCGCUACCCGGAUGAAUAUUUUCACCGCCUACGGUCAGGGGGAUGAUCGCUUGUUUCGCGACGGCGAUUUCAUCGUCGACGCGCACCAAGAAACUGUGGCAAUCUUUCGUAUCGCGCGUUCGAUGGAUAAAUUUAAUCGGUGAUCGGCGCGACGCGCCGAUCAGGGGAGGACACGGUCCUGGGAAUCGGCCGCGAUCCCGUUGGCCGAAGACGUCGACGAUCGUUCGCGAAAUCGGAUUUCAGAUGUCGAAAAUUCAAACAGACUCGUUCGAUCCGAAUCCUUGUCUCGGAGUUCAGUUGCCGGACUUUUCGCAUCGAUCUUCGGCUCGACGGAGUCGAAGAAUCUUUAUUAAUUCCAGAUAAACGAGCGGGGCUCUUUUACAUUGGCAAGAAACAUUUUCCACAUUUUCCAUUUAUCCAGCUGGAAGUUGUUCGGAUACGAUAAAAUAAUAUCCGAAGUCCGAUUUCCGAUUCAACGAUCGACGCGUCGUACGAUUUUUAGUCGGUCCCUCGGAAGAUUCCCGCGUCCUUCUCCCCUAUAAACGGACAAGCUGUGUACAAUGAAUGUCAAUUCGUAGAUCGAAUUUCACGUUUACGGUUAAGAGGCGUAAAGCCGGAUGUUUAAAAACGACUAUUUUCAAUGGUGUCGCAUCGAUUUACGUUGCCUGUUUUCGUCGACGACCGAAACGAGGAUCGUUCGUAUCGAGUUAUUUUUCCUGAAUCAAUCGAUAACCAAAGACAAACAUUGCGAUCGAUCAUUUAACAGAGCCCUAGUUCGUAAACACGUGGAAGUAAUCGUAUCCGAAUCACUCUGUCAUCGGCUUAAGUUAAAAAAUAAGAGACGAUUAUUACGAUAACUAUACAUACCAUACCUCUACGAAUAAAUAGUACACAUACGUAUUGCGGUAUGUAAGAGCUUCGUAACGUGUGCACGUGAGUUUUAUUCUAAAUUUUAUCAGAUAUUUAUAUACCUAUUGUUGUACGCGUACACGCACACACGUACACGCAUACACACACAAAUACAUAUAUAUCUAUACGUAUAUUUACGAAGAAUAGCGUACGCGUAAAUCUAGGUAGUUCGAAGUAAACACUGUACCGACAAAUCACAAAGUAAGACUGUUAUUCCUUGUUACUCGUGGAGAGAUGCGUUGUUAUAUUAAUAAUGUUGUUCGUUCGUUCGUUUGUAUCCGUGCGUCAUUUUCAUGCUUCGUCGCGAUCCUUCCGAUCUCUGCGAGGAUGGAAACUCCUUGGAUGUUAAUUUAUCGAAUCGUUGCCGGCCCGAUAUCGUUUCCGGGCAGGGAUUUGCACCGAAAGUGCCGCGAAAGGUACCGAAAAUGACCGGAAAGCCGGCAUCGCCAAUUUCUUGUCUCAUUUUUAGCCGCAUUAAUCCCGAGAGGAUACUUUUACCGGCACCGAUCGUCGUCUUCCUGGUUUUCUCGGAUAGUUUAUCGUCUAGACCGCCGAUAAUGGACAACGAUCGUCGCAGUUCCGGUGUAAAGACCCUGGUCGGGACACUGCGAAUCUAUGUUUGUACUCUCGGUUCGUCAGCCUAUGGACUAUGGGAACCAAGAAAGUGAAAGAACGAUCUUCGAGUUUUAAAAUCGCUCGAUCAAUUUUUAAUCCGAUCGAAAUCUUGCUUCGACCGGAAGAUGGUAUCGCUCGAUUCGAUUUCCCACAUUCUAAAACGGUAAUCGAUUGUUUAACCUCGACUAAAAAAACUGUUCGAGUCGGUGAACAACGUUCGAAUCGCUCGAACUCGAUUUAGCACCGAAUCGGAGAAAUACGUCGAAUUUAUAUAAAUAAUACAAAAUAAUUUAUACAAAUAAAUUGAUUGAAAUCCGAAGAAACUGUAAUUGAAUAUUUUCGGAAAAGUAGAAUCGAGUACUGUCGAUGGUAGAAUCGCGCCUAUCCUCGCCUACGAGACGAUUCCGAGGCGAAAAUUUCACGAUCGCGAUCGAGCGAAUGCUUAGCUUCCACGCGAUAAUCGAACGUACGAAUUUCCAUGGAAUUCGACGAACGGGACCGGCUUCGGAAGCCGUCGUAUCCCGGUCGAAAGAGGCCGAUGUCGCACGCGUGUAUUAAUGGAUUCGAUUAUCGGCGAAACGUCGACUUCAAACAAAGAUCCGCAGUGUACCGGUUACAAAGGUAACUUCGUAACUUGAGAAACAGUUGGAGCGUCUCUGUUCCGAGCGCGCGUAAUUAACGGAUGCUAGGCAAAUUUCUAGCACGCGUAGAUCGUCCUGGGCCGUCCGACGGUACGGUUCCAUCGAUUUACCGUCACGGGGCGGCGCGGCUCGGCUCGAGGCGAGGCGAGGCGAGGCGAGGCGAGGCGAGGCGAGGCGAAGCGGCCACUAUUUUUAACGGUGCACGGGAAAAAAAUAAAAGAAGAAAAGCGAAAGGAUAACGACGACAAAAUCACAGAGAAGAAAAAAAGUUGCGAUGCCUUGUGCGUCGAGCGAAGCGGCGGUCAACUAUAAUAGGCGGAUAGAGGUCGAGAGCCGGCGCGAGGCUUCCCUUUUGUUGUCGCGGGAAGGCCUGGAAAAUAUAUACCGGCGGAAAAACAACACGCGUAAUUAUAGAAUUUCCGUGUUUACGCACGGAGCCCUGCACCGGCGAUCGAUAAAAUCGUGGACGCCCGAGCCGGAGCCGGAGAGCCCGAGCGGACCAUCCUACGCGUGCAGGAUACUGAAACGCGCGUGAUUUAAUUUAGCGCAGCUGUUGCCCGAUCGCGUUCUAUUUGUUAAGUAGUCUGGAGUGCGGAGUGCGGAGUGGGGAGUGUCGGUCGGAAGACGUUCGAUACCGUCUAAUAAAUUCGUUCGGAUUCCUCGAAGCUACUUUUCUCGAUAGAUUUCGAAAUUUCAGGCUUCUAAACGUCUUAGAGGACGUGCCGAAUAAAGCGUUGCGAACCGUUCUCUGGAGCGCUUCGACGCGUCGCGAGUGCCACGGGGAUCACCGGCGACUGGGAACAAACGAUUCGGGUAAAGUUCGAUGCUUCGGAGUCGAAGCCAAUUUUCGUAAAAAUCAGGAUAUUCGGAAUCGGUCGACCUCGAAGUUCGUUCCGUCGAGAGAACGGUUCGCGACGCUUUCGUUCGACGCACCCUGUACAUUUCGCGUCGUCGAGGUUAUUUCGAGAGCACAGGACCCUACCGUGGUCCUAAACUUUGAGUAGUCGCGCAUACGACCCGCCGGACCAACCCUACCCUCGCCCUUUCGAACGGCUGAACCAUCUUCGGUAUAUUUUUUGAGGAUUCAACGUUAUUUUCGCAGACCGUAAAAUUUGUCGCGGGCUCUGGGCGCCGUGCCCGAGAAACCCUUCCUGUAUAUACGUACGAUUCCAACGAUUCCAGCGCGAACCGCGUAAUUUUGAAAAAAUCGUUCGCGGUCGAACAACGCGCCGGUGCGCGAUUCGCGGCGACAGUUUUUUCAAGAAAUUCCGGUUCGCGCCGGAAAGUCCGAUGCGACGGGUAAAUUUCGUUUCCCGACAGACUGUAUAUUUUCUAACUAUAUUUUCUAACUCGCGCAAAUUAGUAUUACAAACGAAUUUACUGUCCGAAAGUUCGAAGAUCGUUUCUUGGGUAUAUCGAUACGGAGUCAAUUUUGCGAAAGGGUUUACGCGACGACGACGUUUACGAGACACCGAAAACGAAUCGCUGUAAAUCAUCGGGGCUCGUAACGAUCGUUUAUUUUGGCUCGAAAGAGAGAGGAAACCGAUUCGCGAAGCUUCAACGGCGACAGCCGUUUUCUCGCGAAAAGAGAUGCGCGUCGAUUUCUGUCCAAACGACCGCUUCGUCCGAAACGCGACCGCGAAGCCGUCGAACGCGAUCGUCGUGUUCCCUCUAGUUGGAUAAUCGUUGCUUAUUACCGAUCGACGCCGGAGUAUAUCGCGCCAUCGAAUUAAUUUGAAACGCGAUACGGUGUAAUUUACGGUCGUUAUCGCGAGUCGCGUAAUUUGGACAAGCACGUUGAAUCGGCGUCGAACGAGAACGACGUUAUCGUCGCGUCGGCUGCGCGAGGUGUUUUUCUACGGUCGAUCGCGGCAGGUGUUGAGGUUUUAAUAAACGCGCGCGUCGAACUGGUCGAACGGCGUGUACGGAACGGGAAAAUCUAGAUAGGAACCGCGGGCGAUUAUUUAAUCUAGUUAAAUAUAGGUACGAACUCGAUUAAACUAGCGAUUUAUAAAGUAGAACUGUACAGCUUUGUAACUAGACCGGAACAAUUUAUGGGUACCAAUCGCUUUAACAAUCAAGUAGCUAAGAUAAUUAGAGAGAUUAUCGAUAAGCGGACUCUGUGAUGCGAAAGAAAUUUAUUGAAAAUUUCCGUUCGGCGAUAUAGAAAAUUGAAAAGGACGAGACUCUCUUCGAAUAUUGGAGCAAUCGAAUCGUUUCCGGGUACAAAUUGAUCGGUCGCGGUUAGCAACCGAUCGUUCUUUCUUCGUUCCGCGCGUUUUCCGCGACUGGAGUACCGAACCGAGUACUCGUGGCCGAGAAUAAACGGGGAAUUCGACGACGAUGCUCGCGAGAUUAGAAACCGGCCGCUUCCUUUUAUACGUAGAUCGAACUCGCGAACGGAAACUUUUCGAACGAAACGAUUAGAAAA